CAAGUCGAGAGGAAGAGUAGAACUGUAGGAUAUUGGGAGGGGGAAAGAGAAAAAGAGAGGGAAAGAUGGAGCGAAGAAUCUGUAAAAAGGAUACAAUCUCUUAAUAUUAAAGGCUUUCGCGUUAGACGUAAGUACCUACUUACGUAUACGUAGAAGAAUGUACAUUGUAAGGGAAAACAACUGUAAAGAAGUCUUGUAAAAACAGUUACGAAAAUGUAUUCGACAAAAACGCCCUCCUUAAGAAUCGACGAGGCUGAUCUUAAGUGCAAGAAUGGUUGUGGAUUUUAUGGAAAUGUCGAGUGGGAAGGUUAUUGCAGCAAAUGUCAUCGAGAGUAUUUACAAAAACAAAGAUCGCAAAUAGGUUCCAAUGUUUAUGAAGAGAGCAAUACUUCGAAUAAGAGCACAAUUAAUGCUCAACAGAAAUAUGAAGAGAAGAAAGUACAACAAGAGAGAAAAUAUAAAUUAUUAAAUAUAUCUUUUCGCAAACCAGCUGUAAAAGCACAAGGAUAUCAAGAAUUACUUUACGAACUAACAAAAGAUAACCCAGACCUGGAAAAAGUAAAGACAGAAAAUCGUGAAGUAAUAGCUAUGAUUGCUAAGACACCGGUGGAAAGAGAUGUCAGAAAAUGUAUACAUUCUUUCAUAAUUGAUAUACUUCAAAACAAGGAUGUAAAAAGGAUAGAGGACCUUUCAGAAAUUACACAGACUUUUUAUCAAGUGUUUGCUAAACGUUUAGAAAAUAGUACCAAAUAUGCAGACAUAUCAUCAGAAAUUAAAGAAAAAUUGUUGGAUUAUGUAGAAAGAUAUGCAUUAACUUUACUCUACAGAAUUCUCUUUUGUCCUCCCUUUACAAACGACGAAGAAAAGGAUUUGGCGAUACAGAACAGAAUCCGCCAGUUGAAUUGGGUUAGCGGAAAAAAUUUAGAGUGUCGGAUACACGAAACUAGUUCUGAAGUUAGAGAACUCGUCUAUACUUCCAUAACAGAUUUACUGAACAUGGAUUCUGCAAAGGCUCCUCAAGAAAAACUUUCUUGCGUUAUUUAUUGUUGCCGAAAUAUAUUUUUAAUGUUGCAACAGUCUGUUGGUGGGCCCGCAUCGGCGGACGAAUUUCUCCCUGCUUUAAUUUUCAUUGUUUUAAAAGCCAAUCCUGCCCGUCUUAAAAGCAACAUUAAUUUCAUCACUAGAUUCUGCAACGCGAGCAGAUUAAUGACAGGAGAAGGCGGAUAUUACUUCACGAAUCUGUGUUGCGCUGUAUCUUUCAUUGAAAAUUUAACAGCAGAAUCAUUGAACAUGGAUGAAACAGAUUUCAAUGCCUACAUGUCCGGAGAACGAGUACCUGCUAAUACUUGGGAAUCUGCUUUAAUGAUAUGUGAAAGUUUGCAUUUAAUGUGCGAGGAUAUAACGCUUCUUGACGAAAUGAAAGCAAAAACUGCAGAAAUAAUGGAUAUAACAUUGAAUUUGAAAGAGAAAAUGUUACUAUUUCAAGAGGAACUCGAAUCGGAAGUAAAUACAGUUUUGGAAAGAACUCCGUUGUUGAUCACGCACAGUCAAAGAUUGCCUACCAAUUUGGAUUGCGAAGAUAUCGAAAGCUACCAAUUACCACCGCCGAUAAUUCCUCAAGUUUGUUCUACCGCAAUUAGUAAUUCUACGCAACAAAACGACGUAAGAACAACUUUAAUAGAAGAUUGUGUUACGCCGUCGCCCACGUUUGAUUUUCCCUCUUUCGUGGUGGAUGACAACAGCUUCGAUGCGAGCAAAGCAGAGGAUGAAACUAGUCUCAUAAGUUUAGACACGCAAUGCGACUUUGACAGCCAAAAGGAAAAGUUUAAAAACGAUUUAUCAGUAUCUACUCGCUUGAAUGCAUCGUCUACCGCUGAAUCGGAAAAGGAGGAUUAUCAUGGAUUUACUGUCCAGGGAUCAAGUAUACCUACGAUUCCUUGUAAUACAGGAGAUUUAUCUCUUAAUUCUACAGAAAUGGAUUCUGAGAAUUAUCCAAGCUAUUUUCAUAAUGUAUAGAAACAUUUUAUUUAAAUCAAAUAAGGACUUGAAAAUUGUUAUUUAAUCUUUAUAAACAGAUCGUACACUUUUGUAAAAGGAACAUUCAAUUCUGGCACAAGUCACUAAAAAUUAUGAUUUUGUACGUUCUAACAAAAUUUCAGCAAGUUGUAUAAUCUCUUUUGAAAAUUUUCAAUCUAGUUAUUCCUUUAAACGCGCAUAUAAAUUACAACAUAAAUUAUAAUAAAAUUAGUAAUUUGUUGAUUAUCAACAUUUGAUGAAACUAUAAUAGGUGUAGAAUUAAAUUUAAUAAAACUAUU